CGAAAAUUUAGGAAAAUUCGUAAUGAGAGAAGCGCACAAAUCCAUAUACACCCAAGCAAUCCCUGGUAUCAACAGACUUGAUGACCAUGUUCGCUUUACACAAGGAGAGAAAUGCAUUCAACAUUUUGGAGACGCUCUUCCCCCGUCGGAAAAGCUGCUGUUGGACGCCACCAAUGCCCAGCAGAGAGGAAGGCACACGAAGUACUGGUGCGAAACCACCACCAAGAUUGGUGAAAGCAGCAUCAGAGACACAUUCGCUUCACGUGACGCCAAGGUGCGACAGUGGAAGGAGCACCUCAAUAAAGAAGUCGAUAAGCUUGCUAAAGAAAUCGAACGGGUGGAAGCUCACCAGCGAGAAGUGUUCAGACGCCGUCAGUACCUCUCAGACGUGACCAGGGUGUCCGAAAUGACAGCAGAAUUUCGAAAACGAAGGCCUGACAGAGAGGAAGAUGAUAUCGAUAGACUUCAAUUAGAGGAGCUCCACGCAGCCCUCAAAACAGAUGGCGACUUACAACAAUGCUUCAGGGAUCUAAAAGAAUGUCAAAGGCAAAUGGAAAGUGCCCGUCGAGCUCUCAUGUCCGAAGUGGAACUCAAAGCCUUCAGUCUCAACAUCAGUCGACGAACUCAGCAUGCAGAACCCAUUCUCAGCUUCCCUUACAAGCCCGAAGACCAUCCCUCGGAUCAAAUUUACCACCCUAACACAGAAGAAGACUGGGAAAAAGAUCUGGCAGAUAAAAUCCAGAAAUCAGUGGCAACUCGCCAGGAGGCCUCCACUUGCUGCCUGAGGACAGCGGCCACUGUGAAAGAUGGGCUCAGUCGAGUGGCUGAUGCGUGGUUCCGGACUAGCAAAGCUCUGCAGGAGGCUGUGCAGAGAGAUGAGAGGGCGCUUUUUAAUGUUCAGAACCGCCUUCAAACGGUGGGAGAAAACAUCACAUCCACAAAGCAACGUCUGGCUUCCCUGAACGAUGACAUGCGCAUGCAGAACAGAGGCAAAAAUCUUCAGCUAUGGCGCCUGCAGACGCUCACCUACCGUCCAGGGGCGGAUCACAUAAGGGACGCCCCAGUUAGAAGGCUAGAAAAAGAACUGGGAAACAUCGAAAAAAGAGGGGCAUUUGUCACAGAAGGUAUUACACGCAACAAGGAACUGCUGAGUCGACUGGAGGAGGAGAAACUGGAACAAACUUUGUUGAUGGAAAAGCUCACGAAGAAGCUGUUCAUAGAACGGGAGAAUUGCUUGGGCCUUCGAAGAACCGUUGCCGUCGAAGGGGUGGGCCUGCAGGACUACGUCACCGAUCUUUAAAACCGCCAUCGUCUCUCCAUGAUCUCUCACCAUUGAAUUUCUUUCAGAAACCGCAAUGAGUUGUGAAACUCUGAACGUAACGUUAAUUAAAAUGAAUUUGAAUAAAAUUCGCAGGUCAUAAUGAAUGUGACGAAUUUGUUUUAAAAAUACAAAAUAA